GAAUGAGACUUCCGUCCAAGGCACUUUCGAACUAGUAUGUGAUGUUAUUAUUUUAGUCCUGCAUUUAGGAGAGAUAUGAUUAGAAACAAAGAUAUACGGGGCAAGGUGGAAGUACCUUCAUGGUGGACAAGAUGCGGCAAGCGAGGCUGAGAUGGUUCGGGCCUAUAAAGAGGAUGAGCACAUAUACUAGUGAGGAGGUGCGAGAGGUUGGUAGUAAUAGGUCUAAGGAGAGGUAGAGGUAGACCGAGGAAGAAUUAGGGAGAGCUGAUUAGACAUGACAUGACACAUCUCCAGCUCACCGAGGACAUAACCAUAGAUAGGAGAGUAUGAAGGUCGAGGAUUAUAGUCGAGUGUUUUUUCUUUUCUGUGGGUGAGCAUGAUUCUAGUUUAGAGCAUCGUAGUUGUUACCUCCCUUUCCUCCAACUCCUCCUCCUCAUCAUCAUCAUUCAGUUUUAUUACUACUGUUGUUUCUUUUACUUUGGUUAUUUUUAUUUUUUUUGUUGUCAAUACCUUUCUUUUCUUUAGUAUUUUCAUAAUAGCCUUGUUUUACUCUCUCUCUCUCUCUAUAUAUAUAUUUAUUUAUUUAUUUAUUUUUUCUUUUUUUUUUUGUGAGUCGGUGCUCUAUUGAAAACAGUCUUUCAAUAUCCCACAAAGUUGGGAUAAGAUCUGCUUACACUCAAGUCUCAACUCUCCCUAAACCCUACUUGUGAAUCAUAUUGGGUAUGUUGUUGUUAUUGUUGUUGCUCCCACGUUCAAGGGCAUGGCAUAACAGACUGUGCUAAUAACAUGGGUAAACGUGAAAAAUUAAGGGGCAACAUCAACUAAGGACAAAAAACAAUGCGUGAUUUAUUAUCAUAUGCCUAAAUUUUGGUGAAAAAAAUUACUUGACACAUGUGCUAGUGAAAGUUAGUACUUAGUAAAUAAUCCAUAUGGGCACAAGGUGAUCCUGUCGCCACAAUUAUAAGAAAAAAUAUUACUUCCACCCGCUUUCUUCUUUGUUUGAUCAUCAUCAUCGUUUUCGUGUUAGGGUUACGGAAAUUGGAAUUCAAAUGGUGAACGAUUUUUGUACUACGUAAUCCAUGAGACAACGACAAGUUCAUCUGGACGUCGUACAACGAUGAGGUGAUAGGUACCCUGCCAGCGUACUGCACGUUCGGCCGACAUAUUUGGAGAGCUUCUGUCCCGCUCACAUGCCUCAAUAUUGUCGAGCAUCAUGCCUUCGAGCAGGCGAGGGGACUUGACCCCACCUCCGCAACACUUUCCUAUUGAACUCUAUAUGGCAUGGUACUGCACUGUUUCCCAACUUUUUAUCGAGAACCCAGUUCAUUAGGCACACGGUUGAUACGUACCAUACGUCGGGAGACACGAGGCCCUGGCGAUUGGAUUGCAUACUAUCUAUCGUAUGGGGCAGCAGAUGCAGAGUUAUGUCCACGAUCCUGUGGUCAUGCAGGAGUAUAGUCGUCGAUUCAUGGAUGUGGCUGCCCAGACACUGCAGCGAGCCCGAUCGGAUCAGUGUUUGGCACACGAGGCUGAUUAUAUGGACCCAACCACGUACCAGCGAGGUCGUGGUAUCCCACGAGCUGGUGGUGCCCGACGAGCUGGCGGUGCCCGACGAGCUGGUACUGCCGGACGACGUAGUUGUGGGCGGAGAGGAGGUGGUCCCCAGCAACGGGACGUUGAGGCUCCUGCUGAUGAUGUUGCUGCUGAUAUGGCAGGUGGCAUGCAUGAGACCAACAUGCCGUCUUACAGCCUUGGAAUUUAUCCUCCUCCAGUGCCUUCGCAGGUGACCCUAUCGGGUCAAUUAUUGAUCACGGGCUCGGAUAUUCAAGGAGCGCAUUGGGUAGAUACUUCCCAGGCUCGUAUACCACUGAUGAGGAUCGACCGACCCGAGAUUUUACCGGCUUCAUGCGAUGCUGCAACAGAUGACUACAUUCAGGAUCCAAACCGAUUAUGCCUUCUACUGGACCUGACAGCGCCACCAAUGCAUGUCAUCCUGCGCCGCAUCCGGCGAUAAAGAGACGACUUAAUGAUGAUGAUCCUGAUAGCGUACCUGGGCGGGAGGGGAUGUGCCUCAGGCCAGCGGCUGCAUUGAGACACACCGGAUGCGGGA